AUGUUUGAAAACAUUCCUCUUGAAAUGCGCCCGACCCCAACGGGCAUUACAUUAUAUGGUUUCAUUGCACCCAAUGCCGUUAAAGUGUCGAUUGCGUUACAAAUUCUUGGUGUUAAAUACACUGUACGAAAUAUCAACAUCCUUAAGGGUAUUCAAAAGUCUCCGUGGUAUGUUGAGCUUAACCCGGAGGGAACUGUUCCAACACUAGUUGAUGCUGGAGACGGAUCAUCGUCGCCCAUUGUCAUCUGGGAAUCUGGUGCUAUUUUGCAAUACUUGCUGUCCAAGUACGACCCGGAGGGCCGGGUUUUGGGCUACCCGGUGGAUUCAGCUGAGUACCCACAGCAGCUUUCAUGGCUUUUUUUCCAAGUCUCUGAGGCUGGUGCACUCCAGCUCCAGGCCAACCGUCACUUUGUGUUCCCAUCAAAAAAAGAUACUGAGCAAGAGCGCAAUCUUUUGAAAACCCGCUACAUAGGCGAGACCCGUCGAAUUUACAGAUUGUUGGAGCGACAUUUGGCUGCCCGAGCAAAAUCGCAUGCUCCUGGUGAUGACCCGCUGGUGUUGGUGGGGUCGCGGGUGUGUGUUGCCGACAUUGCACACAUUGGGUGGAUCACAAUGGCAUUUUUGAUAGGCAUCGAUGUACCUUCUGAGUUCCCACACAUUACCAAAUGGAUUGAACAUGUUAUCGCCCAGAAAGGAGUUGUCCAGGGUCUUGAUGCAUCAGGACCAUGGUUCGGGUUUUCGCGCCGAGCCCCGUGGAAGAGGCCUGGUCCCGACAUGCGGCUGUAG